AUGGCGUCCCGCGACGACUACUUAGUCGGGUGGGUUUGCGCACUACCGGUAGAGGUUGCGGCAGCCAAAGCGGCGCUUGAUAGCGUCCAUGAUAGCCUCCCUCUGGAUCAGAGCUUGGACGACAGCAAUAACUACAUUCUAGGGAGUCUUCAAGGCCACAAUGUCGUGCUCGCGUAUCCAAAUGGUGGCGUGUAUGGUGAAGCAUCGGUGGCGAGCGUGGCCACACAGUUGCAAGCGAGCUUCAAAUCUGUUCGGUUUAUUCUAAUGGUUGGCAUUGCGGGAGGAGUUCCGGACACGAAGGAGGAUAUUCGACUUGGCGAUGUUGUUGUAAGCAAAUCAAAAGCUGGCUGGCCGGGUGUCGUCCAAUUCGAUGUGGAUGGAGAACAAGCGGAAGAGCAAGAUCAAUUGGUUCGCGGCAGAGCGCCACACCAGCCAGCACCAUUACUUCUCACAGCUAUAGGAAAGGCCGAGACAGCCGCCAUUUUUGAUGAGAGUCAGAUGCCCAAAUACACUUCCGGCAUCGUUGAGAGAGACCCCAUCACGUUUGCCCAUCCAGGCACGGAGCAAGACGUUCUCUUUGAGCCAGAUUGUGACCACACAGCUACUGAGUCCGAAGAAGACGGAUGCAGUCAUUGCAAUCCGGAUAAGAUCCGGCCCCGGCAGCCACGGGAAACACAAAAUCCUGUAGUUCAUUAUGGUCUGAUCGUCUCGGGGCGUUCUCUGAUACGCAACGGAGCCACUCGGGAUAAGUUGGCACACAAGCAGGGUGCCCUCUGUUUAGAGACAGAGGCCAGUGACCUGAAGGAUGCCGCCAAGUAUUUGGUCAUCCGAGGAAUCUGCGACUAUGCAGACUCGCACAAUUCCAAGCUCUGGCACGCCUACGCCGCGGUAACUGCUGCAGCAUAUGCAAAAGAGGUCCUUUCAUUCAUACCUGCAGUUCCCAAGACGACAUCUCUGGCAACAAACACCUAUGCAGAGGCCGCGCCAGUCCUCGACGCUUUGCUUUUGACCAGACCUGAAGUUGACCGGAAGUCUCUCAUUGCCUUGAAAGGCCGCAGAGUCGACGGCACCUGCGAGUGGCUCAUACAACACUCUAGCUAUCAAAGGUGGCUGGCAGAUGCCAAUCUGCCACUGCUCUGGAUCUCAGGCGGACCUGGAAAGGGGAAAACUAUGCUGGCAAUCUAUAUUACCGAGGUGCUGGAGCCAAAUGUUGAUGCCCACGGAGAUGUUCUCCUUUACUACUUUUGUAGUAAUCGCGAUAAGAAUCGGAAUACUGCGCUGACUAUCAUGAGAGGCAUCAUACAUCAAUGGAUCGGCCGCCGUCCACACCUAGCACAAUAUGUCAAAAACUCCUUUGAGGGGACUGAAACAACUAAAUAUACCGUUUCCAGCUUUGUCUCCUUGUGGAGGGUGUUCUUAACCCUGCUUCGGCAGAGUGCAUCAUCCCAGGUGGUCUGUGUGCUGGACGGUCUGGAUGAAUGCGAAAAGGAAUCGCUUAAGCAGCUUCUCGAUGCCGUUGGUAAUUACUUGUCCAACUCUCAGGAAAAGGCAAAGCCACAACUGAAGCUUAUAUUUCUCUCUCGACCCCAGCCGGCUAUUUUGGAGAAAGCUCUAGGCCAAUAUGAGCAGAUCAAGUUGGACGCCUCCGGCACAGAGAUUUCGGACGACAUCGAGAGAUACAUCUUUGCCAAGGUUGCCGAACUGGAAUCCGAACAAAACCUCUCAGAAGAAAAGGUUGCUCAAAUCAGACAGACCCUGUUGGCUGGCGCUGAUGGAACCUUUUUGUGGGUUGGAUUUGUUGCCAAUGAGCUUCAGGGCAGAAGCUGGGAUAAAAUGAAUGAAAUUCUCCAUCGUGUCCCCAAAGGCCUUGGUGGAGUCUAUCAGCGGCUUCUUCAGCAAAUCGACGACAAGGAAGCAUUGGUCCCCAUUCUUCAAUGGGUUGUUCUCGCUGCCCGACCCCUCACACUGGAUGAAUUGACAGUGGCCACAGGGAUAAAGGCAUCUGGUAACAUGCCGGCAACUGAAGUGACCAGAAAUCGGCUCAGACUCUGCGGGCUACUCGUGAAAAUCGAAGGACGCGUGGUCAAUCUGGUCCACGAAUCGGCAAAGGAGUUCUUCCAGAGCGAUCAAGUCAAUAUCAAAGGCAUUAGCAUGUUCCGCAUGAACCACGACACGCACAGGACACUUAUGCGGACCUGCUUAGAACACGUCGAACAUGGAUACGGAACUCCCAGAAGUACCGAUGAGAGCUCUGACCACGAUACUCUCUUGACUUAUGCCAGCCACUACUGGCCGGUCCAUUUCCAUCACGCUAUGGAUGUGAUUGAUGUGCCGUCCGAGUUUUCACGUCCGUUCUUUGAGGUGAAUUCUCACAUCCGGGACGAAUGGUGGAAAUUCUACUGGGCGCAGGAGAAGAAUGGCGGAAACCCGCCCUCGUUCACGCUCUUGCAUCUCGCUGCCUAUCUUGGCAAUGUAGCCUGGGCUGAGCUGUUGAUCAACGAGCACGCCCGUGCCAUUUCGCGAAAGGACAACUACGGCCGGACGCCGCUUUCCUGGGCCGUCAACCGAGGCCACCGAGACAUGGUCGAACUCCUGCUUGACCACGGUGCUCGUAUCAAUGUCAAGGAUCGGAGCGACUUGACGGCACUCCACGUAGCAGUAACCGGACAGCACAAGGACAUUGUGUCUGUGCUGAUCGAUCGGGGUGCCCGUCUCGAGAUCAAGUCUGAGCACGGCGACACACCACUGGUUCGAGCCAUUCAGGCGAAUUCUAGGGAAAUCAUCCAGAUAUUGCUCGAACGAGGAGCGCGCGUAAACAAAUUGCCAACCCCUCCCGGAGUCGCUUCCCUAAAAGGGCCUACGGACCCAAUGGAGGAGCGGGUGGAAGAGCUACUAGAGCUCCAGGAGCCGAUUUUCCUUGCACGAUAUAAGCAGGCGUCGCAAAAAGUCGAAAUGGUCAUGAAGGCCCUGAGCCUUUCAUUCCGCUUUCCCAUCAUUCCUCGAUUGAUGACGCUAUAUCUGAAGUUUAUCGCGUUCGACCGCUGGGAGCACAUGUCUGUACUUCAGGAGCUUGUUGACGAGAACAGAACAGACGAACUGCGAGAAUGGGCCGAACAAUACCGCGAGUUCUUCAACCAGCUGGUUUUUGCCAGGAAUCCGAGAAGGUUGAUGGCCAUGACCGACCUGCCGACGCAGAUAUUUCAGGCCGUCGCCCCUGGAGAUCUCCAAGCACUGCUGGUAAUCGCGGUCCUCGUCGGCUCGGAAACUAAACUCACAGCUGUUCGUCAAGGAUGGAGAGAAGGGGACACCAUCACGGCCAGAGCAUUCUCACAUUGGGCCGCCAUCGCCUACAACAGAGACGCAGAAGAGUACUUGCACUAUGGCGUUCGCGAAUUUCUCAAUGAUUUCGAUGACUGUAUUCAGCAUGGCAACAGCCGGGAAGACAACGUGGCUCGGACGGUGGUGCUCUUGACAUCGCAAUUCGCCAUGAUUGAGAAUAAAGAGCCAAAGCCGAUCGAAUACUUCUCCAGGGUCAUCGCAGAAUUCUACGAGGGAUACAUUGGCAGCAGCCACGAGGUUGAACUGUUCAGUGAUGUGAGCCAGGCAUGCGCCAACGAGCUCGUCGUCAUCAGCGAAACCCACGAUUCCGACAGAUUGCUUCUCUUCCUGACCAGUAUCCUCCAAUUCGCCCAGCGCUCUCAGGACCAGGGACAGGACCGCUUUCUCAACAUACUCCCUGCAUCAUGCUUGCUUCUCUGCCGGGAAAAUGCGCUCGCCCACCAAUGGUUGAUUGGCGAGGCAAUCCCAGAGAUGUUUAUUGCCUUGAUAUCACAGCAACCUCCUGGAUCGCUUCAGAAACGAGCGUGCAAAACUCUUGUGGAGUGUCUGAUUAUUAGAAAGCAAUAUGGUUUGGCGGCGCCUUCGGCGGCACUGGGCCAAAGAGUGAAACAGCAUCUGCACUCAUUGCCAGGAGUCGAAAAUAUGAUAAAGGGAAUCCAUGGUUUAUAAGUUGAUGCUGUGUAUUUUUGCUACCUGAGAAAAGUUCAGAGCAGAGUGAGAGUUAAGUUGGUAAUGAAGAGUAGUUGGGCAUUGGUAAGAGAGCCGAUUCUGUGUAUUUUGAGCAAAUUGAUGCCACUUUUGAGCAUCUUCUUUCGUUUAUAUCUUUUUGCCAAUCGCCACUUCCAAGGUUGUGUUUAAUUGAAUCAAGAAUCCUAUAUCUUAA